AGAAAGUGGAAAUGCGUGUGUGUGCGUGUGCGUGUGCGUGCAGGCAAGGAGGAAAUGAAGAAGUUCAUCGUCACUGCUCCACCAUCUUUUUCUCUUCUUCCCGAAGAUCAUCUUGCACCUGCUCACAAGAAUGUCUGCACAAUCACCAUUCCUUCCACAAGGCGUUCCGCCUCCUCCAAAUACAGGAAAUGAACAAUUAGGUCAAGGUGCUCCUUCUCCUUUCAUUCACGAGGAAAAGCCAGCAUUUCCGAUUCAUAGAAGAGAUGAUCGAGCAUCUAGCUUUCUUUCAUUCUUAGAUCCUAUCUUGGGUCCUUUUGGAAAAGCUUUCGAUAGCAUGGCAGAAAGACGGAAAGCACUCGAUCUACCGUUCCCAGGCACGACAGAUUCAUUACAACGUGAAGUAAAGGGUACAUUAUUAACAAAUUUCUUCUUCGAUGGUGCAAAGGCAGACUUGACAAAGGCUCUUUCUAUCAAUCCAAUCUUUCAAGUUUCACAUGGAUUCAGCUUGGGUGGAACAACUAAGGAUGGAAUGGCACCGUCUACUUACAACUUAAACGUAGUUUACGGUAGCGAUAAUUGGUUCCUCCAAGGUGGUUGUGACGAUGGAGGUAGUGUACAGAUGCGUGCUAACUCAGAAUGGGCACCCGGACAUACCAGUAAAAUUCAAGGCAAUCUAACAAAGGGAACACAAGGAAGCUUUGUGCAAUUAGAGCAUGAUUACAAAGGUUCCGAUCAUGCUGCCAACUUCAAGACACUCAACCCUUCUCCCACCGAUGGUAGCGGUAUCUACAUUGUAAACUACAUCCAAUCGCUAACGAAAAACUUUGCUCUCGGAUUAGAGACAAUCUAUCAAAGGCAAACGGCUGAUACACAAGAUGCCAUGGUAGGGUAUAUGGGAAAGUGGACGAGCACUGAUAAGAACUCUAUCGGAACAUUCCAAUUCCAAAGCCAAGGUGUUUUGAAUGCAACAUACUGGCAACGAUUGACAGACAAAGUUGAUGUUGCCGGAGAUUUCAAUGUGAUCGCAGCAGCAGGAAAGAGAGAAGCGACAUCCACAUUGGGAGCAAAGUACGAUUUCCGCAUGUCAACAUUCCGUGCCCAAAUUGACAGCAAUUUCAAGGUUUCUUCUCAAUUGGAAACAAGAUUGGCUCCCACAUUCGCUUUCACAGUCGGUGGUGAAAUUGAUCAUUGGUCCUCUCUAGCACGAUUCGGUGUCGGUAUCUCGAUAGAAAGCCCAAGUUCUGAUAUCCCAUUCGAUCCUACUGGCCCUCAACCGACACCACCCAAUGUGCCUAUGUAAAAUUUCUCUACUCAACUCAUCUUGGUCGCGCUUUAUUACAUCACAACUCUGUAUACAUUUUCAAAAUUGUUUAAUAUAGCUUCGCCAGCGGAAAUGCAAAAAAGAUUUUCUUUAAUCUUGUUUGUGGAUCGCUUUCAGUCUACCAUCAUCACCUGACUGAGAAGUAUAGAUUCAUGUGU